AGACCUAUACACUGUGCCAACCUAGUAAACAGAGGAACAGGAAUCGGAUUGCGAAUUUCAUGAGGCCUGGAACACAGUGAGCACUCAAAUAUACACAGGAAGAAAGAAAGAAGAAAGGAACGCGGAAGCGAAGGAAGGAAGAGGGAUUGAUGAAUGAAAACAUUUCCCGAAGAGGGCAUCCACAACAAUUCUUGCUUGAACUCAAGUAAGCGUGGAAGUGAGCACAAAGCUUUAAAAAACAAACAAAAAACCCAAACCCGCUGGGUCAAAGAAGAAAGACAGCGAGAAAAAGGAGGAAAAAGCAAACAAACAAAAAACAGCCACAGCCAGGGAGAUAGGAGAUCCUGGGCAAGUCAGGCUGUUGCCUUGGCGACCUCAGAGCCAGAAUGGCCGUAGCCUAUUGGCUGAGCCGCUUGAGCCAAUGAGAAGGCACGAUGUUGAUGGGGUUCUAAGAUGGCUGCUGCGCCGCUGCUUCCUGGCCGGCCGAGCGAGGAGGGGCCGGGCCGCCUGGAGCACCGCAGGCUCGUGGGUGCUCUUGCCGUUUCGGGGAAAGCGACUGCGGCCAAUGGGAGCGAGGCUAGACCUUCGGCGUCCGGGCCGGCGUUCCGGGGGGGAUUCUGACGCGGCUUGAGAUCCGGAGGUGGCGCGGCCCCCAAACACCCAGAGCGUUCCAGGUUGUCAGCGGGAAGAGGUGAACCUUUUUAGAGCUACCCUGUCGCAGCCUUGAACUUCAAGAAAAGAUGUGGAGUGGGCUGUUGCCUCCUGGGCUAAAUGAAAGUGAUGUUGAGUCAGAUUCUGAAGAGGAAGCCACACCAGAGAAUCCAGGGCUUACGGAACUUAAUUUGCAGGAAGAUGGAAAGACUGACAGCAGUAGGAAGCCCAAGAUGCCAGAUUUCCCAGCAGGCGAGCCAAAAGCUGAGACAGAGGCUGAUGCAAAUGCAUAUGAACAAUGUCCUUCUGGGAUUCCCUUAAACAUGUGGAAUAAAUUUCAAGAAUUGCAUAAAAAACAUUCUGAACAGAAAAAUUCAACGUCAAGAUUCAGACAGAAAAAAAGAAAACGCUCCAAAAAAGGCAAAUUGAAGAAUGAAAAAGAAUCUCACAGUGAGCAGUCCUCAAGUGAAACACAAUGGAAGGAACUUACUCAGUAUUUUGGAGCCAAUGAUAGAUUUGAACCCCCAGUUAAGCAGAAAAAAGUUGAGAAGUCAGGCCUUGAAAAGAGGAUAGACCAGGCUGUGGAGGAGUGGGAUGUUGAGAAGGCUGAAGAGCUCAGCAACCAGCUAGCUACUCGAGAGCUCGGUGUAAAAAUUGCCAAAGCAAUUGCCUGCCAUAAAUUUGUUAAAGCCAAAAAGGAGGCUGAAAACUCACAGGCUGCUCGAAAGAAGAAGAAACUGGCGUGGGGGUUUGAAGCAAAGAAGAGAUGGGAAACUAAAAGCAACAUGGGAUAUAUGUAGCCUUGCAGAGUUCUUCAGGACAUUUAUUGAUAGGCUGGCAUGCUUCAUUUAUCAGAAAGAUUUUUCUGCUUAGGUUAAAAAUGUCAGAAAAUUGAUAAGGGUAGAAAAAGAUAAGCCUAAAACUUGGGAGUUGAUUAUAAACUCUUUGUGGUCUUUUUUCUAAGAAGUUUGUGAAGGAAAUGAACAUUUUUAUAUUUGUGUAAGAAAUUUUAAGCAUAUAUACAAGAAAAAAGGAUAAGGUUUUAUUUAUUUGUAUAAGCCUACAGUUUAAAAUUAAUUUUGUGUUUCAUCUGUCUGGCCUAGUAUAGCCUGUGAGGUCCUUGUACUUCCUUAUCUGUUCUUAGCAUUACUGCAACUGUUUCUAAAAUUUGAGUUUUUCAGAAUGGCUUUUGUUUAUAAUGGAUUAGUCAUAAAUAGAAAAAUUCUCAAUUGUUACUUUACAAAUGACUUUAAUUACUUUAAUGCUAUAAGAGUAAUUAUUGAUUCUUUUUGGAGGCAGUAGAAUUAAUUUUUUGUAGUCACAUAGUAAAAGCAAUUGAUUAAUUUUUGUGUAAUGUCAGUGGAAAUAAUUAUAGUAAGAAGUGGACAUAGUGUAUCUGGAGAAUGAUUUAAAUUCAGCUUUGCCUAGAAAAUGUCUUUCUAAAUGUCUCUCAACCAUGUUAUUCUUUAAAUUACGAUUGUUCUUUGAAAAGAAAAUGGUCUGAUUGUGUUAGACGAAUAGUUGUAACUCAGGAUAUCCUAACUUUGGAUUUGUUUUUACCUCUUCUCCCACUACUCCUUAACAGAUGGAAUGAAUUAAUGAGGCCAAAGAGAGAACUAUAAUACCUGGGAAGUCAUUGUCCUUACAGUCCUAAUGGGAAGAGGCUUUGAAAAGUAAUUUGAUAACUGGCAAGACUAAAUGUGGACACUGCGAAAAAUUAGAUCAUAAUUACAUUAUUUUUAUACUUAAAGCAGUAACAAUUUCAUUAACUUAUGGUGAUACGUAAAUUUUCUUUAUAUAAAGAAUAAGUGAAUAAUUUGUUGCUCUUUAAGAGUCCAAAUGUCGCCUGGUGGUCUUGGAGCACAGAGACAGGUGGAACUCUGUGAGAUCAGGACAGCCUGGUCUAUAGAGUGAAUUUCAGGACAGCCAAGGCUACACAAAGAAACCCUGUCUCAAAGAAAAAAAAAAAAAGUCUAAAUGUUAAAUCUUUUUUCCAUUUAAUUAAGAAAAACCAGUGUACAAAAAGCAAGAUCUAGGAGAUUGGAUAUCUAACCCACUUGUCUUCAUACCUUUAAAAGGUAUCCAUUUAUAAAUGUUCCUGAGUACUGUUUACUUAUAGUAACCUACUUCACACUCUUAGUGAGUGAGCGUAUGCUUAACAGUAUAGGAAUAUUUUCUCCACCCACUACACAUAAGAUGUAGUAUCUUUGAGAAAGUUCUUAGUAUGAAUAGUUUCGUAUGUAAGGCCUCAGAACAUGCAUUCUCCUUGGGCCUUCAUGCUACUUUUCUGUUUUCUUGUAUUCACCUAGGUCUCGUAACUUUUGUUGGCAUAUAGGGUCAGGUUGUGGAGCCUCUGACUCAGUCUAAUCAGCAAAGCCCUCCUCACCCACACCAGUGUGGCACUUUACCUCUUGGUGCCCAUUCUGGUUUGUGUUUGCUUUUAAAAAAUAAAUUUCCAUUUUAUAUGUA